GUGGUCGAGAGAGGGUGUGCCGCUCUCUCGCUUCGUGUCUUGUGAGUGCGAGUGGUCCAUCCCUUACGUGGUAAUUGAUUCUUUUCGUCCCUGAUUCGGUGACAGUCAUUUAAUCAGGGUUGUGGCUAUUUGGUGAUAACAGUGGUGUAUUUUGGUGUAUAUCGGAACUCUGGAAAGUUAUUUACGAUAAGAGAUAACACUUAUACAGGAUUUACUUUCCGUGGACAUCCCAGCACUGGACUAUAUUUAGGAAGGGACGUUGACGAGCUGAAGGCAGCCGCGCUUUCACUUGAGUUGCCGCUUGAGAAGCUCCUCACACAGAGCCUCGGCGUCUGAAGGAAUGCGUUCGUCGACGUAUCGUCAGUGAGUCACAGGACAGGAAGAGAGCCUCUGCGUCAGUGUGUCAUGUUCGACGACACAGCCGGAGAGAGAGAAUAAUGAUUACAUGUGUCGACCUCGAGGAUAACAUGCUGGGAAGUCGACCUCGAGGAGACCUCAGUGUUCCACCGACGCCGCGACCCCUCCACCUCUGAAGGGGGCGCAGCUCACACUCCAUCCGAUUCUCUUGACGCCCACGAAUUUCUUCCGCCAUGGACGCCAGCAACGAGUUCAAGGUGUUCCUCUCGCCGUCGAGCGCGUCGGCCGCCAAGAAGCCGGAGGGCGAGAGCAGCAAUAUCCGGCAGAGGCUCGUCCCCGUCAUCAAUAAGGUGUUCUCGCCGUCACACUUCAUGCUGGCGCAGAGGAAGACCACCGUGUACAAGGCCGUCUCGGGCGUCUCCUUCCAGGACAUCGAGCUCGGCGGCAAGAGGAAGUCCGGGACGAAGAGGGAGAAGAAGGAAAAGCGAUCAGAUAAGAAGGACGAUUUAUACACUACUGCGAGCGAGGGCGAUAAAUCGCAGGUGAGCGGCCGAAGCGACAAGUCCGGCGGAGGCGGCCACGGCAGCAAAGCAGAGGCCCGGAGGCACCGCCACAGUCUGGGCAGCCACGCCGAGCGCCCUCAGUCCUUCCUCAACGACAACCUCGAGAAGCUGAGCCUCGACAAGAAGCCUCGAGUGCGCUCGGCGUCGCGGACACGAAGCGCAAGCGCCACCGACAACCUGUAUCUGUCGCAGGCCGCGGGGGAGAGCAAUGGACAGGCGGACGUGCCGCCCAUCAAGCCUCGCAGGACGCGGUCGGCCUCACGGCCCCGCAAGGCGCUGUCGACGGUCCCCGUGCCGUCGCUCACCUCCACGAGCAGCACGAGCAAGGCGAGCAGCAGUUCAGGCGACUGCCACAGUAGACAAGACCAGAGGAAGGAAAAUGGGGAUAAACAGAGCGAAUCGGAGGAUAAGAACGAGAGCUCUAGCAAGGAGGGCGAGACAAAAAACAAAGAGGAAAAUGACUGUGAGAUCGAGGACGAGGACGCCUAUGGGCGGUCCCGCGCCAGGAAAAAGUCUGGAAGAAGCAACAAAUCAGAGAAUUCCGGCGAAAGACAAGAUUCCGAGAAAGACUCCAAGUCGAAAGUCGAAUUGAAAUCCAAAGAGGGCGGCGACGAGGAGCCCGAAGGCGGCUACUUCAGCCUGGAGAAGGAGGAGAAGGCAGCGGGAGAGAUCAAGUUCAUCUACGAGGCCGUCCCGACCAACUCGUGCGAGGAGUACCUGGAGAACGACCAGUGCGUGGAGGCCAUCUACGUGUGCCAGGUGUUCCGGAAGGACUCCGACACGGAAGGAGACGAUGACCACGUCUACGAAAACUACCAAGUAAUCAAGAUGACCAAGGAAGGCAAGGUCAUCACAGAUGACGACGAGAACUAUGCCAACUACCAGAUCAUCAGGAGGGUCAAGGAGGCCGAGCUCCUAGGUCUGCCCGGAGAGCCUGACGGAGGCAAUGGCGAAGACGAGGAGGACAAUCUGUAUGAGAGCAUUAAUUUCCUCAGCCAGAAUCCUCUUGCUCUCGUCCAGACGACAGCCAUGGAGGCCCGGAUGAAGAGGCGUCCCCGCCUCGGCUCAAGCGAUUCUAUUCCUUUCAUUGAUGACAGCGAGAACUCGGGGGACGAGACGGAGACGAGGAACCCCGUGGCGAGAGGUGUAACUCCCGGGGGGAGUGUCACGGUCAUCACUAUCAAGGACGACGACAAGACAGAAAUCACUCAGAAAGUCGCCAGCCCUCUGCGAACUAAGACAUCGCCGCUUGGAGCGCAAGACGGGCUGGGAGGCGACGUGAAGGAGGCGGGAGGAAAGGGCGUUCAUGACGAGAAGCUGGUGCAGGCAAGCGACCGCGGGCAUCAGGCGCAAUCAGAAGCCCGGUCAAAGCAGAAGAGGUCUUCAGAGAUUUCGGCUGCGAGCGCCACGGCCGCUUCGUCGGCAGGUCGUGGCUGCCACACAGCGCCCUCCAGGCACUCGUACCCCGCAGCCUCCACGCUCAUCCCCAAACUCGCGGAUAAAGUCGGUCUGAACUCGACGCGGUUGGCUCCUACUUCGGAGGAAGCGGGCGGCUCAGCGGCCAGCGAGAGGGACAGCAGGCAGAAGAAGGUGAAGAAGAGCAUGAGCCACAGUGACGUCCAGUCCCACUUCAAGGGCGGACUGACUCUAUCCGAGUCCUUCUCUGACGAUGACAUCCAGCACAACGAGGACUUUGAGUCCUUUUCCGAGACCGACUCAGAGCUGGACAACCUGGACUACGACAUGUUCACGCCCAAGAGCAGCAGGAGCGGCCAGGGCAGCCGUCCCCCCCUGAGGCGCGCCAGGAGGCUUCCUCGCGGGAGGUCCCUAUCAGCGUCCCAUGCAAGCCCGCUCAUGACGUCGACGCCGUUCGGGACGUGUCGAAAUUCCAACGGAUCCUCGACUGUGGAGUCGACCAUCGUCCUCGGGGAAGAGCUGCAGUCUCCCAAGACCUUCCAGGCCCUCCUGCAGGACAAGUGCCUCAACCCGCCGGAUACUGACGCUGAGUCGCAGGCGGGCGACCUCAAGGCGGACAAGAGCGCGCCCUUGCUGAUUCGCGAGGUGGGCGACGUGGCCGUGCGGGGCGCCCGCGAUGUGGUGAUGAGUUACCACAGCGGCGGCGGAGCGGAGACCGGCGAUCGAGUCAUUCUCGACGACACCUUGUCCUUCACGUGGUCUGACGCCGAGAGCGAGUUCGAGUUCAUCGACUUCAAGAAGGCCGAGCCGCCCAAGACGUGCGUAGUGUACCAGGGCGUCACGCUGGCCUCCAGCGUGACGGCCACGACCACCACCACCACCACCAGCAUCGACAGGAAGGGCAGCGCCGUCAAGAGGUCCCACAGCAUGAAAGGUAAGCCCACGGACGUCGCCCUGGACGCCAGGUAG